AUGAUAGUUGUGGACUAUGCUGCCAAGUUUGAGGAGUUGUCUCGGUUCUGCACUCAUUAUAAUGGGUUAGAAGCUGAAGGAUCUAAGUGCAUUGAGUUCGAGAGUGGAUUACUUCUACAGAUUAAACAAUUCAUUGAUACUAAUGGAAAAUAUAGGUUUCAACCUAAGACUGUUGGUGUGAAGACUCAAAGUAAGGGAGGUGCUCCUACUCAUGUUAAGUGUUUCAAGUGUGGAGUACUAGGUCAUCGUGCUCCAGAGUGUACUGCUUUGACUUGUUACAGAUGUGGGAUGAAGCCCAAAAAGACUAUUGAUACUAAAGUUCAAGGGAAGCUUUUUGCUCUCAGUGGUGCAGAUGCUUCAAAUUCCGAUAAUCUCAUCAGAGAUAUAAGUUUUAUUAAUGGAAUUCUUUUGGUUACUAUUAUUGAUACGAGUGAUAUGCAUUUGUUCAUAUUUGCAGAGUGUGUGAAAAGGUUGAAUCUUGAGGUGUCUUCUACGAAUGGUUGUAUGGUCAUUGAUACUCCAGCUAAUGGCUCAGUGACUACUAUAAUGGUUUGUUUGCGUUGUCCUUUAACUACUUAUGAUAGGGAUUUCAUGAUUGACUUAGUGUGCUUACCUUUAAAUCAACUCAAUAUUAUCUUGGGCAUGAAUUGGUUGAUAUUCAACCACAUCUACAUCAAAUAUUACAACAAGUCUGUGCUUUUUCAAGAGUUUGUUAUAGAGGAAGAUUCUAUGUUUAUUUCAGCUAGUUAUGUGGAAAAGUUCUUAUAA